AUGCAUCCAUGGCGCGCAGGCGGCGUCGCGCUGCCGCCGCCGUCGUCCGCAGCCGACCCCGAGCUGCUGGCGCGGCUGGAGGAGGCGGGGGUGCUGCGGGAGCCCAAGGUGGCGACGGUCCUGGGGUACCUGGCAGAGGGGGUGGCAUACCACCACCCGGAGGGCCUCCACAAGCUGCUGGCUGAGGCUGGCCUCUCAGACGGCCCCAGCGCUGGCGGCAGCGGCAGCGGCGGCGGCGGCGGCGGAGGCGGGGCCGGCGCCCUGAUCUGGCGCGUGCGGGCGGCGCUGCUGAGCGGCGGGGAGGUGGCGAACCUGCGGGCGGCGAAGGAGCGGGUGGGGGAGGCGGCGGGGUACGGCCAGAUCAAGGCGGUAGGUGCGGCCCUGGCGCUAGGCGCUCUACCUGACGAGCUCGCCGCCGCAGCCGCCGCCUCGCCGACCCUCGCGGCCGCACGCGCGGGCCCGGGCCCGGGCCCGGCGGGCGCACCGGCGGCGGGCCACACCAUUGCUGCCUGGUCGGUGGACUUGGUAGAUCAGGAGGCGCCAGAGGAUGAUCUCGACUUGCCGGCAGCGCAGCGGCAGCAGCAGCAGGGGCAGCAGCAGCAGCAGCAGCAGCAGCAGCAGGAGCAGGGGCAGCAGCAACAGCAGCAGCAGCAGCAGCGGGGGGAGCAGCAGCAGGGGCCGCGCCCCCUGCCGCCGCACCUGGCGCGCGUGCUGCAGCCGCCGGGGCCAGAGGCUCUGGAGGUCCACCGGCGGUGGCUGCAGGGGCUGCCGCUGGCGCAGGCGGGCGCUCUUGGGAGUGGCGUCGAGCUGGCGGCCCCCCAAGUGGUCGGGUACAUCGCUGACGUCAUCGCCGCGCAGGGCCCGGCCGCGGGCAGCGCGCGCCAGCUGGCGGCCGACGCGCAGGUCACGGACGAGACCGCCGCGCGCGUAGGCGCGGCGCUGCGCGCGCGGGGCGCGCGCGGGCUGUGGGCGGUGCGGCAGGCGCUGCCGGACGGCGUCGGGAACGGGACGAUCAAGGUGGUGGCGGCAAUGUGCGCCGCUGGAGAGGGCAGUUGGGACAAGGAUGACGAGGAGCAAGGGCACGAAAAUGAGCAGCAGCAGCAGCAGCAGCAGCAGCAGCAGCAGCAGCAGCAGCAGCAGCCGAUGCCGGUUGACAGCCAGCCGGACCCCUCCACAUUCAGUUUCCCUGAUGCGGCGCCGGUCGGCAGCGUCGGGCUGCCGAGCUGCUGGACUGCCAGGGGCAGCAGCCGGCAGCAGCAGCAGCAGCAGCAGCAGCAGGCGGGGCAGGCAGCCAGCGGCGGCGGCAGCCAGGGGAGCCUGCAGCUCGACUUGAGCAUGGCGAGCAUGGCUGCAUCGCAGAGCACGCCAGCUCAGCAGCAGCAGCAGCAGCAGCAGCAGCACAUCAACGAAUGGCAGCACUGGGCGCCGGCGCACCCGCAGGACGGGCCCCUCAGCGACGCUAGCAACCUCCACCCCGCCGCCGCGGACGGCGCCUCUCAGCAGCCAGACAGGUUGCCGCCGGGCGGCAAGCGCCACGCGCCGUUCGGCGAGCAGCCCGCAGGGCCGGGUGCCGGGGAGCCGGCCGCCAAGCGGGCGCACCAGGCGGCUGCGGACGGCAGCUGCCACGAGCAGCAGCAGCAGCAGGUGCAGCCACAGCGGCAGGUUUGGGGGGCUGGGGGCGAGGGCAGGGCGGGCAUCAGCGAGGACGCGGUGCUGCGGGCCCUGGAGGAGUGUGGCGGCGCCGCGGCCGCCCCCGACCUCGCGCGCCGCCUCGGCUGCGCGCCGGGGGAGGGGCGGGAGCGGCGGCUGGCGGCGGUGCUGUCUGGGCUGGUGGGGGAGGCCGUGUACAUGCGGGGGCCGCGGGCAUCGAGCGCGGACGCGCUGCAGGUGCUGUGGGACCCGGACACGCAGUUCUGCCUGCUGUGA